UCACCACUAUCUGCGUGUGAUUUGUACAUAACGGCAGGAAGGGGCAACUGUUGGUUUGAACAUCACUAAAGACAGUAGUCCCAUUGUAUAAUAUUGUUCACCAUAAUCUGAAAAGUCUAGAAUCGCAAAUCACUACAUCUCAAGAAAACCCGGUCAAUAUAUCACACAUCAGGGCACCACCCUUAAUCCGUCAUAGCAUUCCCACCCCACUGUAUACCUACCAGUGCAACACCCACUUACGUACUCACACCCCAUCUUGCCACCUCAACAGGGUUCCUGUACAUCAACUCCCGCAGCCCAUUCCAAACAAACUCCAUCUCUCUGCACCAAAUCAAAUCAACCACCCUACCAUGGCCGGUCUCAUCGCUAUUGGCAUCGGUCUAGGCGCCGAAAAACUCGGCCGCACAAUCUCCGAGAAAAGACUAGAACGAAAAGAGAAGAAGGCCAUCGCUCAACAUGAAGCAAUAUACGGCACUUCGUCGUCUGCACCCCCACCGCCCAUGACGACUCGGCAGCGGCAGGAGCAGAUGCAGAAGAAGCGUGCGGAUGCGCAGCGAGCACUGGAUGACGCUCGUCAGGGGCAACAGUCUGAAUCACAGCACCAUUACAGGCGGAGAAGUUUGAGUGCAGAGAGGCUAAGUGAGGAGGAAGCGCCGCCGAGUUAUAGUGAGGCGAUGCGGCAGGGUGUUGCACCAAGUUGA